AUGAAUUUAUACGAGGUAGGUGACUAUUACAUUGACAGGAUAAUCAAUUCUCAGUCCAGAACCACCAGCAAUAAUGAUGCUUCUCCUAAGAUAAAGGUCCUUUUAUUGGAUAAGUACACAAAAUCAAUAAUAUCGAUGAUUUCUACGCAAUCAAAAUUACUACAAAAUGAGAUUUAUCUUGUAGAUACGGUGGAGAAUGUACAACGUGAUACAAUGAGGCAUUUGAAGUGCUUGGUUUUCAUAAAACCUACGGAAGAAAGUAUCGAGUUUCUUUGUAAAGAAUUAGAGAAUCCCAAAUAUUAUGAAUAUCACAUCUUCUUCAAUAAUAUAAUAAAUAAAUCACAAUUGGAAAGAAUUGCAGAGUAUGACAGUUUUGAAACUGUAGUGAAAGUUGAGGAGAUUUUCCAGGAUUAUCAAACAAUAAAUCAAUAUUUAUUCUCUUUCGAAAUCCCAAACAGGAAUCUUUUCAUAAAUGAAGCCAUAUGGAGCGAAACUGAACUUUCUCAAUGUACUAACAGUUUACUUUCAGUUUUAUUGUCUCUAAAGAAAACUCCCCUUAUAAGAUACGAUAGCAAUAGUAAAAAAAGUCUAACUUUAGUGAAAUCAUUAGAUUCCCAAAUAAAGGCAAAUCAUAAAGCUUUAUUUGAUUUCCCACCUAGUGAUAUUGAUCCACUUUUACUAAUUUUAGACAGAGAUUAUGAUCCAUAUACACCAUUGUUGCAGCCUUGGACUUACCAAUCAAUGAUAAUGGAAUAUAUUGGAAUUAAGGCAAAUAUUGUGGACUUAUCAUCAUUCGAUUCAAAUCUAAAUAAGGUGACAUUAUCUUCUAAACAGGACACCUUUUUCAAUGAAACGAUGUAUUUGAAUUUUGGUGAAUUGAGUGAUAGAAUAAAAGAUUAUGUAAAUUCUUAUAAAUCGAAAACUGAAUCCACUAGUGCCAUCAAUACCAUAGACGACAUUAAAAAAUAUAUUGAACAUUUACCUGAAUUCAAAAAACUAUCAAAUAACGUCACAAAGCAUAUUUCGAUCGUUACUGAACUGGACAAGCAAUUAAAUGAAAAAAAAAUUUGGGAUAUCAGUGAAUUGGAACAAAAUCUAAUGAUGCAUCCAGACAAUAAUGAAGACUAUCAAGCAUUUGUCAAAUUGAUAAAUGACGUAACUAUCGAACGCUUCUAUAAAUUGAAACUUGCAUGCAUUUAUUUACUCAGACAUGAUGAGGUUCAUGGUGCAAACAACAAGGUGGAAAAGAUAAAUGAGGUUUUCGAAAUUUUGAAGAACUUUUUACCAAUUGAGGAUAUUAAUUAUUUACAUAAAAUUAGAUCAUUUUACGACAAGAGAUCGACAAGAGUAGAAUCCUCAACAAGUUCUAAUAAAGAUGAUUUGCUUAGUGAAUUGGCAAAGAAAUUCAAUACAAGGAUGGAUGCAUAUAAGAAAACGAAUGUAUCCAACAACGUAUAUAUGCAACAUAUUCCAAAGUUAUCAAACAUAUUGACUGAUCUAUCAAAUAAUAAACUGUCAACUGAAGAAUUUCCAUUUUUAAACAAACAGGCAACUGCUCAAAUACAAGAUGUUAUAAUUUUUAUUAUCGGAGGGAUUACGCUUGAAGAAUUGAGAUUAGUUAACGAUUUUAAUUCGACAAUGAAAGAUGAUAAGAUUAGGAUAGUUAUUGGGGGCACAUCCAUUUUAACAACUGAAAAUUUUUUAAAUUCUCUUCGAUAA